GCAAUACAUCUGGGAGAGCGGCGCCGGUGGCUCUUUCACCGUGCAGAAGGACACCGAGUUGGUUCACGGCGAGAUCAAGCGUGGCACCAAGAUCAUCUGCUACCUGAAGGAAGACCAGUCCGAGUUCCUGGAGGAGCGACGCUUGAAGGACCUGGUGAAGAAGCACUCCGAGUUCAUCGGCUUCCCCAUCGAGCUGUACGUGGAGAAGUCCAAGGAGAAGGAGGUGACGGACUCCGAGGAGGAAGAGGAGGAGAAGAAGGACGAGAAAGAGGGUGACGAGCCAAAGAUCGAGGAAGUGGAUGAGGAGACGUCCGGGCGGGGGGUUAGGGCGCUUGCGAUUUUCCAGUUUCAAGUUUGGGGAGGGGUGGGGGCGGGAGAUGUCCGAGCGUGGCAGCAAAAUCCGGGUUUGCGCUUUCGAUGUUCUCGGAUCGCUGCGGGGAAGGAGAAGGAGAAAGAGGAGAAGAAAAAGAAGACCAAGACGCUCGGCGGACGAGUCGAUGAGUGCAACGGCUCCGAAAUGCUUUCCUAA